AUGGCCCCCAAAACUCGUGUCAUCAUUGACACCGAUGUAGGCGAGUGCGGCGACGAUAUCAUUGCCAUCCUAGUGGCGCUGGCCGCGCCCGCAGAAGAUGUCGAAAUCCUUCUCUUGUCUGUUGUAUGGGGCAAUGUCAACGUCGACAAGGGUUUGCGUAACAUUAUCACCGUGUUUUAUAUUGCCCAACUAGAGAUGCAGUGGCGCGAGGCACAGGGUAUACCAGUCGGGUUCCAAUCUCUUUGUGCAUAUAAGCCUAUUGUUGCUGUGGGAUCUCCCAAUGCUCUUGGCGAGAAGACAGUUUUAAAGACGGAUGGGUUUCACGGCCCUGAUGGCGUGGGAAAUUUCCAUACCUCUCACGCCCACAUGUCGCCGCCAGGGCCGUGGAGAUCAUUGUUUCAACAAGGAGUGCCUGUCCCCGAGAAUUCUCCUUCGUGGUACAAGUAUUUUACGCCAUCCCAUCUUCCCGCGCACAAGGAGAUUCUCCGCGUCUUGAAGAGUGAGCCCGCAGGGACAGUCACGGUCUGUUCCAUUGGUCCCAUGACCAACAUUGCCCUGGCAGCCGCCGAGGAUCCAGAAGUAUUCCUCCGCACGAAGGAGCUUCUCGUCAUGGGCGGCGCCGUUGACGUGCCGGGAAACAUUACGCCCCUCGCCGAGGCCAACACAUGGAACGAUGCGCUCGCCUGCGCUCGUGUGUUUGCCCUGACAUCUGCGGACCCGGCUUCGACCAUGCCGUUGCAGACCACGCCCGAAAUCCCCGUUGCCCCAUACCCGGAGAAACUUUCAUCAAAGCUCUUGUUGAAACUGUUUCCUUUAGACAUCACUCUUGGACAUUAUGUGGACUAUACGCGGUUCGCUAAAGCAAUCAAACCUCAGAUUGAGGCCGGCAGCCCGCUUGCCGUCUUUGUGGACACCAUCUUGGGUGGUAUUUUCCGCAAAGUCUGCUCUCAAUAUGGUGGCAAUGCUUCUCCCAAACUCGCUCUUCAUGAUGGUCUGACCAUCUGGUAUGCCCUCUCCCCUCGGGACCCAUCUUGGGAGUGGGCAGCUCUGGAUAUUCGAGUAGAGACCACGGGGCAGUGGACACACGGGAUGCACGUCACUGAUCGCCGUGGUAAAGUUCGUGCUGAUGGAGUCAACGAAACGGAAAUUGCUGGAGAUCACUUGGGUUGGCUCAGCUCGACUCGAGGUAAUAGAAUCAAUGUCGUUGCUCGAGAUCCUCUCCCGGAAGCGUAUCACUAUUUGAUACUAGAACAGCUGUUCGCGGGUCAAGAAGCAAGUAUAUAA